AUGGGAGCUUAUGGACGGCCAGUCGCUGAUAGUAACCAAACCAUCAUUGCCAUGGUGUCGCCAUUCCCCAGAGCACAUAGGAUGCAAUCAUUGUCCCCUUGGCGGGGUAAGGUCUGGCAAAAUCAGCUACUUCCGCACCGGUUCCAGAAGCAACAAUCGUUGCAGCAAUCGGGAGUAAUUGAGGGCCGUGAUGCGCUCCAGCGAGAUAACGAUACCGUCACUGACGCAGCAGCAACCGCGUCGACAAUCCACAGUGCCCAGGCUGUCGGACGCGCCUAA